CCUCUCAGCUGCUGUGUUCACGAUGUGUGUGUGUGUUUUUCUCCUGCUUGUCUCCCCCUUUGCAUUGGAGCUUAGUGGUGCGUUCUGCUAAAGAGGCAGAUAGAGAGAGAGAGAGAGAGAGGGAAAAAAAUAAAGCAAGGAUUGCAUAGGAGAAGCAUCGCCAAUGCGGAAAUACAUGGACAUCACAUGUCCCUGAACCCAUUCUUGUUCAAAGAUCUGCUGGCGUCGGAGUCUGCAGAAGGAUUCCAAUCAAAGACACUGACUUUCCAAUUUAUUUUGCUGUUAACAAGAGAGUGUUGCUUUGCAUGGACUGGAACAGCAAAGACUGGCUGCAUUUUUGGGUGCCAACUGCACAGGGAUCCGAUCUGCUCUUCAUUGACAUCAGUAAUCAUCCCUUCUCCUUCCCUUCCCCCUUCCCUUCCCCUGUCUUUUCUUUUCCCCUACCCCCUUAACUUCCCCCCCCCCCUUUUUCCCUCCCCAUCCCAUCAUCAUCACCACCAUGGAUGUCUUGGCGAAUUACAGUAUCUUUCAGGAACUACAACUUGUCCACGACACAGGUUAUUUUUCUUCGCAACCUUCUUUGGAGGAGAACUGGCAGCAGACAUGCCUCGAAUUGGAGCGCUACCUUCAGACGGAGCCCAAGAAGCUGUCGGACCCGUUCCUGGAGGAGUUGGACUGUAUGCUGAGUGCCUCAGCCGGAGCUGGCGGUGAAGGGGAGCUGGCACACCCUCUGCAGCCCAGCUUUCCGCGGAGGCAGCCGGACAGCAGCGAGCUGCCUUCCACCCCCACCUCCCCCCACAAGCUUCAGCUGGAAAUGCCCUUCGCCUUACAAACGACGGCGGAGCUGCCCCCCGAGGCCCCCGCCUCGGUCAACCCCGCCCAGCUCAACGCCGUGACGUCCCUCACGCCGCCCUCCUCCCCGGAGCUCGGCAGACAUUUGUUAAAGCCGCCGCACGCCCUGGCAGCCGCGGAUGACACGACGGUGGUGAAAGUUGUCCAGAGGAAAGGCCUUGGCCUGGUCAAGGCGAUGAGUGAGAAUGGACAGGGUGACCUUGAGACCUCGCCGGACAACAAGAAGAGAGUCCAUCGCUGCCAGUUUAAUGGUUGUCGGAAAGUUUACACCAAGAGCUCACACUUGAAAGCCCACCAGAGAACACACACAGGUGAGAAGCCAUACAAGUGCUCGUGGGAAGGUUGUGAGUGGCGUUUUGCACGAAGUGACGAACUCACCCGACAUUAUCGGAAACACACGGGAGCCAAGCCGUUCAAAUGUAACCACUGCGACAGGUGUUUCUCCCGAUCGGAUCACCUCGCUCUUCACAUGAAGAGACAUGUUUGAGAAGCCACUCAACCCUACACAACACCAUGGCAUGACUGUUAGAGGGAGAAGGACCUGUUUCUAAAGAGCACAGAUAUGUGGUUGACUUGUUGCCAUGUUGCAUUGAGCAUGUGUGCAUACACCUUUGCGCACACACACACACAUACACACUCUCUCUUUUUCUCUCUCUCUGUCUCUCUCUCUGUCUAGCUAUAUAUAUAUAUAUAUAUAUAUAUAUAUAGAUGUAUACACACCCACACACACUCUAUAUCUUGGUUUGCCUUACCCAGUCUAUCGGUCAGUUAGACACUGCCAAACGAUUACUGAUUUAAAUCGCAUUUGGAUUUCUGUUGCCAUGGAAACCAAAGGGGAUUACAAACUUGAGACCACCUUCCAAGCCUUCACAGUGAGAACACUUGGUCCACUCGUAAACCAAUUGGCCUUCCAGUCUUGGACUCCAACUCCCAGUAGGGACCAUCUCCAUAUUGUCAGUGUUCUGCUGCUCAAACAAACCGGUGUUGGGGGAAGGACAAGUCGAGACAACGUGCAAGGAGAAGUAAAUGGUGGUCGGAACUCAGUUUCUGCAAGUUCUACAAUGUGCAACCAACCAGGUUAUCACCAGGCCCGCCCAGUGCCAACCUGUUGUGGGCGUUUUUCAGCUCUUGUAGCCAAGUGGAGUUUUUUUAAUGGAGCAGUACUGUACAGAGUCGAUGGCUGCUUCCCUUUUGAAGAGGACAUCCAAAGUGGUGAAGUUUGAACGAUGUGAACACAUGGUUGCUGAUGGGCCCUGUCCCCUUUUGCCCAUGUGCCCAGUGCCUCUCCACAAGCACCAGAAGGAUCGGUAGCCGCUGGCACCAUUUUGAGCAAACCAAGUGCAGCCGCAGCGAGGCUUGUGGGAGUUGGCUGCACCCCUUCCCCUCUCCCCCGUUAAAACGUGCUCCUCCCAAAACUUUCUCAGCUGAACUGGACUGGAAUAGAUGUGAAUUAACUAAUUUAUAAGUAGCUCGCUUGGACCUUGUCUACACAGGCUGGCUGA